AAAAUCAAAAAUUAAUUUUCAUAUCCAAAUAAUUCCAUUUCCGUAGUUAAAUGCACAAUUUCCUCCUCACUGCACUCUCUCUCCUCCCUUUUUCUUACGCACGCUCACUCUCUCUCCCUAUCCUCCCUCAUUUUCUGCUCCUUCACUGGUUACUCCAGAUCUUGAGAGCGGAAGAGAGAGAAAAUAUGAAGCGUUGUGCAAUGGAGCAAAACGCCAUGGCCGUUUUUGACAGCAGAACUGAUUCCGUGGUUUGCCCUAAGCCGAGGAGAGUUGGCGACCAUUUUCUCCCUUUUCGUCGCUAUCCCAAUAAUACUUCAGAGAUGAACGAUUUGAAAGCCGGGGCGGAGCUGCUUGAUAUUAUUCUUUCAAAGGGUAGUGGAGUUGAGAGAUCAGGUAAGCAAGUAGUAGCAUCAUCUCCACCAUUUUUCAGUGGGUCUCCACCAAGUAGGGUAUCAAACCCCCUUGUCCAAGAUGAACAUUUUGGUUUGAAGAAGACCUUUAAGACGUAUUCUCCCGCCCCAAUAUCCUCCGUUUCACCGUCAUCAUUGGGUCGCAAGGGUGGCUGUGCUCGAACUCAGAAGCCAGCGGCAGUGAGAAUUGAAGGUUUUGAUUGCUUAAGCAGAGAUAGGCAAAACCGCAGCAUCUCUGCUUUCGCUUAACCAGCCGAGAGUGACCGUAUUCAACAACGACAAGUAUUAUAUACACAUAGGAACUAAAGACGGGAGUGUAGGACAAGAGGAGUGAGAGUUAACAUCCUUGUUAUUUUUUAUUUAUCUUGUAAAUACCACAUAAAAUUCGGAAACAAUAUCGAGCUUAUCCAUAAGUUAAUGUAAAUGAGUUUGGGUAAGGUGUUUUUUGAGUCUUUUGUUAAUAACAAAGAGUAAGGAGAAAACCUCUCUUGUUAGGUCUUUUGGGAGUGCUAAAUCAUUCCAUUUUUAGUCUUUUAAUUAUUCUAAUGCUGCAUUCCUUUUUUGUAUACUUUCAAUAUUGGAAAACUAGUUUAUACAUGCGUGAUAUUUUAUA